AUGUCGACCGAAACUCCUCCACCGCUUGUCGCGCGAAUGCUCGCAAUGUUUGAGCCAGCACAGAUCAUGACUUGGGCGAUGUCGCACUACAUCCGAGUCUGUGCCGAAGCCGUCUUUAAAAACGGCCAGCUCUUUGCCCCGAUUACCCAGACCAGGCGACUCCGCGAUGAAGCAUUUGGAAGAUUCUGGAUCGAUUUCACCUAUCCUAACCAAACUACCACCACAGCACUCCGCCAAAUGUCAUCUGACCCAAACAACACAGAAAUCCCCGAGCCAGUCGGAUCCUCGGCUCUAAUCCCCCCACUCCUCCGCACAGCCUCGGGGAUAGUCCUCGACAUCGGUCCAGGCACAGGCACACAGAUGCCACUACUCACCUCACCAGCAAUAACAGCUCUAUACGGCGCCGAGCCAUGCGAAGGCUUGCACUCCUCGAUCCGCGAAAAGGCGGAGGCAGAGAGCAUCUCGUCCAAGUACCACAUCGUGCCGACAGGUGUAGCAGCUGGUGAACUAAUUCCCGCAUUGCGGGCGACAGGCACGGGUGUCGUGGAUGCGUAUGAUUCUGACGCACGCGCGGGCAUCUUCGACACGAUUCUGUGCGUGCGGGUGCUCUGCUCUGUGCCGGAGAUGGAGCGUACGGUGGGCGAGUUGUAUGGGAUGCUCAAGCCUGGUGGGCGGUUGCUUGUUACGGAGCAUGUUGUUAACCCGUGGCGGCGGGCGAAGGGGUCGCUUGUUGGGCGUAUUGUGCAGGGUAUCUAUCAGAUUCUUGGGUGGAGGUGGUUUCUGGGGGAUUGUUGCUUAGAUAGGGAUACGGAGGCAGUUUUGAGGGCGGCUGCUGAUGUGGAUGGCGGUUGGGAGAGUGUUGAGUUGGAGAGGGCUUUUGAGUGGUCGGUUAUGCCUUAUAUUUCUGGGGUUUUGGUUAAGAAGGGACAAUAA